AUGCUUCGAUCGUGGCUGCCUUCAUUACUAAUUGCUCUCAAUAUCGGCAUUGCCAUCUCCCGAAGACACUCCCUGGAACCACGUCGUGUACCUGCAUGGUUUGGAAAGGGACCAAAUCAUGGACCUUAUUGCGCACAGCCUGAGCAAGUGGCAUUGAGUUAUGGAGGUGAUCCAUCAACUGUAUGGAUAACAUGGAUUACAUUCGACGAUACCUAUGCGUCUGUGGUGGAAUAUGGCAUCAAAGAUUUGGAACGCAACGCCACUGGAGAUACUUCCCUAUUUAUAGAUGGUGGAUCCAAGAAAUCGAAACGUUACGUUCAUCGAGUCAGGCUCACUGAAUUAGAGCCCGGAAUUACAUACUUUUAUCACGUUGGCUCUGAAUACGGUUGGAGCCCGAUAUUCCGUUUCACAGCACUCCAGGAAAGGCCAGAAGGUGGAUAUAUUUACGCUGUAUACGGUGACCUUGGCAAUGUGAACGCCAGAUCGCUGGGUAAAAUACAACAACAAGCGCAACGGGGUCUUUUCGAUAUGGUACUUCACGUCGGUUAG